AUAAGGGAACAGCGUUUAUUAACAUUAUUUCCCUUAGUUGUAUUUGAUCGAAUUUAAGACACUUGUUCAAACUGAAUAGUGUUGUGACGAAAUAAAUUUUAUGUAUCUCCAAUUUUUUCUUUGUAGUGUUGGUGUGAAAGUCCUUUUAAUAUUUCGUAGUCUGGCAACCGCGGAUAUAUGUUUUUGUUAAUGCGUAUAGUCCAGGAAUAAAAUAAAAACAAAAAAAUUGUGUCUGUGCUUAUAUUAACAAAAUAAAUCAUGGGAAGCAUCGACAAGGCAUGUAUUUCGGGAUUUUUGUGUCGUCUGUGCUCCGAAAUGCAUCGUAUUGUCAUUCAUAUAUAUGGAGAUCAAGGCCAGCGCCUUUGUUUGGUAGAGAAAAUAAAUGGAUAUUUACCCAUUACGAUUUCCCCAACAGAUCCAUUACCUAAGACAAUAUGUACAACAUGUUUACGCCGUGUGGAACAACAUUAUGAUUUGCUAAUGAGACUAUCGCGAAUCAGGGAGGAGAGAUUUGUGGAACUAAAGAAGAGUCGUCAGCAUGUUGAAGAUUUGCCCUACGUCUCUAGUCCAGAAUAUUCCGAAGAUGAUAAUUAUCAGAGCGACAAUGAAUCCAGACGACAGUAUCAAGAUCCUCUGGCAGAUAAUGGUUCUCCGUCAACGUCAUCUGGAUCAGCAAGUGUACCUUUAUCGUCAUCAAGCUUAGUCCAUGAUGUUGGAUUUUCUGUCAAUACCGUUGAUGAUGUCACCUCAAACGUCGAUCUUCUAGACACGAUUGUUUCGCCUUCUUUAUCGGAUGCAUUAUAUGCGGACAAUGACUCUAGUUUAGAGUUGACUUCACCAGUUCAUAAUGACUGAUUUGUAUAAGAUGAACUAUAUUACCAUAAUUAUUUUUAACUUAAAAAAUAGGUUAAAUUCCUUCCCUUAUUUUCAAUAAAUAUAUAAACCACAGAAGAAAGCCGCUAAA